AGUCGGAAUCGCCAUCUGGCUCGCGCCGAUGAUCGAUGACACACCCGUGUUCAAGAUGGCGUCGCUCGUUGACAGCUACGAGCAGCAGUACGCCGUUCUCACAGCUGACAUUACCGCGAAAAUCGGGCGGAUUAGGAUCCAGAGUGGCGGUGAGAAAAGAGCCUUUGUGCAGGAUGUCGACCGGCAAAUCGAGGAGGCGCAAGAGCUGCUGGAGCAAAUGGAGCUGGAGGUUCGUGGGAUGAGCGGAGCAGCGCGCGAUCGCCUACGCGGUCGCGUAGAGAGUCACAGAGCGGAACUAAAGCGCUUAACGCAUGAAUUUCAAAUGGCGAAAAAACCAAAGGAGGAUGUCAUGGAGAUCACCGUGGAGGAAUCUUGGGACAAUAAUGUGACGGAGGACCAAAGAAAAAGAUUAUUGGAUGCCUCUGAGAAAAUAGAACGAUCGGGGCGAACGUUACAGAAUGGUUAUCGUAUGGCGUUGGAAACAGAGGAGAUCGGGUCUCAGGUUCUCAAGGAACUCCAUGAACAGCGUGAAACGAUACAACGAAGUAGAGGGAAGUUACGUGAAACAGAUGCGGAGUUAGGGCGGGGGUCUCGAUUAUUAUCGGGAAUGAUCUUUCGGAGCCUUCAACAGAGAAUUAUUUUAGCAGGAGUAGCAUUAGUACUCAUAAUCGUCGCGUGCAUUGUGAUAUACUAUAGUUUUAAGAGUUAAAGGACAGUUGUUUCAUCGGCCAGAUCCACUAGAUGUGGUUUGGAAGUCAUAUUUAUUAUCAGACUUCAAAAUGUUAUUUCUAUCAAAUUGCGAGGUAAUUAUAUCGUCUAUCCAACUCUUUCGAACUUGAUUGAUCACAUUUUGCCUCAGAGAACAUCAGUCUUUACACUUAUUCCUUCAAUUUCAUCAGCGUUGGAUAUGAUCUCUUAUGCAAAGCCAAUAUCUCAAAUGAACAAACAAAACUUUAGCAAAAUGUGUCAUCAAACAAGAACAAAAGACCAUUUAAUGUUAUGUAAAGUCUUGUAUAAAAAAAUAUUGACCCAUCCUCGUAAGGUAAUUUUUAAAACGGUUUCACGAUUCUUUAUCAUUUGCGAGUCAAAGUUGAUUCUAACUCAAACUAUAUAUCGCAUGCGAUUAUCAAAUGCGUUAUUUUCAAGUACGUUGAAAAGGAUCGUAAAACCGUUUGAAUAUUGUUAUCCGAACGGUAUUCAUCGGAAUCAUCGGUUAACAUUGCCCUGCGUUCGAGUUUCCAAAGAUAUUCCGAACCACAAUAUAUUCAACAAGAAAUGUAUUUAUUAAGUCAUAUUCAAGGUUUUUUCGACGUUGCGUGCGCCGAUUAUCGGGCACAUUUUGAAAUAUUACCCUCUUCAGGGUAAUAUUCAAGGAAAUAUUACUUGUUCAAAUUAAAAACUACGUGUACUUGUUGUAAUUUUGACCUGAGCCGUAAUAUCGGGUGAGUUCAUUGCGAUGGACUCUACCAGUUAAAAAUGCAUUCUAUAAUUCAUCUCUUACAUGAGAAUAACAACAGUCAUUGUGUACAUUAUUGAAGUAUGCGUGGAUAAGGAUCGAACUGUAAAUACAUCCAUCACCAAAAAUAUCAAAGGAUGCUUGUAAUUGAAAGAAAGAGAGAAACUAGACGCGCCUAAUAAUAACUCCUUUUAUUA